CCGAAUCCACAUUACCUCAAAAAACCCAUGAAGCUAUGUUUAUAAUUCCGUUAUCACUAAAAAUUCUUACGGCUGAGAAUCUAACGUCGAGAAAUGUUAAUAAUAAAUUGUUUAGUGUUGCUGGCGGUACCAGCGUCUACCUGUUUUGGACAAAUCUUGCAGAAUACUAGAUUUAGAAGGUUCCCCAUGAAGGCGGCAAUGAAACUCAGGAAUAGGUUAAAGGAAAGAUUGGAUCAAGUCCGUGAAAGGAACACUCAGCUGAUCUGCUACGAUAUUGUUGGUUGUUUUAAUCUGCCCCACAAAAAUUCUCCACUUCAAAAGGUACCAGAAGAUCCGAAGAUACUAGAUACAAAGUUCUACUUAUUCACGAGAAACAUCAAUUUUUCCCAUCCAGAAGUUUUGGUCUACGAUGAUAACGGAGCAUCUUUGGAAAAAUCAUCAUUCAAUUCUUCCAAGCCUCUAAAACUGUUGGUGCAUGGGUACAUGGGUAGAUGGAACGAUAAGGGCUUCUUAGUUCUAUCAGAAGCUUAUAGAAAGUUGUACGACUGCAACGUGGUCGUGAUGGACUGGCACGUGGGAGCCAGAGGGCCUCAGUACACGAACGCGGCAGCCAACACGGAGUUAGUAGGAAGACAGCUGGGGAUGCUGCUCGAGCUGAUGGUGGAGAAAGGCAUGCAGCCGAGAGACAUGCACUUGAUUGGGUUUUCUUUGGGAGCCCACGUGUGCGGGACCGCUUCCGAGGCGCUGAAAGUUAAAGGUUACCUUGUGGGAAGGAUAACGGGAUUAGAUGCCGCAAGUCCGCUAUUUAGAAACAACUACUUACGAGAAAAGUACAAAAAACUUGACAGAGGCGAUGCAAAAUUUGUAGAUGUCAUUCAUACGGAUGCUAGUCCUUUUAUAACUGAUGGAUUUGGAUUAUGGCAACCUAUUGGCCAUGUGGAUUUUUUCCCUAAUGGUGGCCAAGAACAGCCAGGAUGUACAGAUACAAAGGGAUCUAUAGUUGUCACUCAUCUUGAAGGUGGUUUGUCACGAGACAUAGCAUGUAGUCACCUAAGGGCGUUCUUUCUGUACACAGAAUCCGUGUUGAAUAUGCUGAAGAAGAAGGAAAAUAAGGAUAUUUGCGAAUUUACGUCGUUCACUUGCCCCGGAGGACUGACGUCUUUCGAAAAAGGCUACUGCUUUCCUCAGAUAGAGAAAAAUAGCUCACUGGUUUUAGAUCCAAGUUAUCUAAGUGAUAUUGGGAGAUUCGGCGAAGAUGCUAAGGGAGAGGGUGUUAUGUAUUUUUCCACCAAAGAUUCUAGUCAGUACUGUGGUACACAACUUCAAGCUUCAGCGAUAAUUUCACAACAAACUGCGUACGUUAAAGGCAUUCUACAGUUACAGCUGAAUUAUUUAAACCAUUCUGUAAAUUUCCACAUUAAAUGCGAGACAGCGCAUGGUACGAUAAUGAAUUCUCUGGCAGUAGCUGAUUAUGGUUCACUGACUAGUGACAUAGAUACCCUUACAGGAGUUUUAAAGUACCAUGAUAUGGGACAAGAAAAAAACAAACGGAAUCAGACAGAUUAUGCGCCCGUAUUGUAUAUAGACAAGCUAAUCGUUCGUGAUAUGUUCGGAAAUAGCUGGCAAUAUUGCAAAAAGGAAACCAUUAUUCAGGACCAACACGGAACUCACAAUUUAUUAAAUAUUACAUUAAAAAAAACUCUCUGUUAAUAUUUUCGUGGGUAGUAAUUUAAAAUUAAAAGCAAUUGUAAAAAAUUCUAAAUAUUCGUUACCUUAUUAUUUUUUCAUUUUCGUUUAAAUACAAAAAAUAAUAAUGUUAGUUCUUGAACUUGUUUAUUCAUCUAUUUAAAAGAAAUAUCAGACAAAAGUAUUUCUGAAAUGCUGUAACAUUUUUUGUAAUUAGUAGGUAACUCUUUAAUAUUUUAGGAAUUUAAUUCUUAAAAUAAUAGAGAGUAACCUAGGUUUAC